AUGAACAGAAGUAACACUUUGGAUUCAACUGUUGUUUCGAAGUCAUCAAACAGUCCGCCAGCUCGACCCCCUAGAAGAACUCACUUCGAUUUGGCACCUGCUCAAAGUUCCAAAUGUAGAUUCAGCGAAGGACAACCGCUCAAUUUUCUACAUUCUAAAGAGAAAGAACAGGAGCUUGAUGGUGACAAGGAGUCUGCAAAAUGUGCUGAAAAUGAUAAGAGUAACAGUAGAGUAAGCAAUGAUCUUCAAGCUACGUUCAACUUAUCGGAUAUUGAAAGGGUAUUAAAUAAUAUCGAGGAUAAAAACGGAUUUAAAGAACCAGCUCAACCAAAACAUAUUUUAAAUAGGUCAACUGCGGCUCCCUCCGAUGGGAAUGUUAAUAAGACAGUGAAAUUGGAUGAGGAAACAAAUAAAAUGCCAUUACUUUCUAGGAGUUUUAAUGAUCAACAGUUUGGAAAGGAAAUGUGUGUGUACUUGAACAAGAAGCCCUGCAGUGAUCGAAACAAUGAAGCAGUCAGAAAGUACAUAGGAGCAGCUGGAUCAUAUGGAAUGCUGCAAAAAUGUCAGCAGUUUGUUGUGAAGAGCAUUCAGGCAGUUUCCAGCAAAUCUCAUCAGACAGUGGAAUCGCUAAAUACAGAUAGAAACAAAUUGAGACAAAGCUUAAUUGAUAAAAUGAAAGAAACAAAAGCCAACAACACCGUCCCUGAAAUAGAUAUGACCAAUGUUACUCCUAUCAGAAGUGAGACUGGCUCUGACGUGAAACACUUCACUGAGAGGGCGCUCUCUACAGAUUUAAAAAAACAAGAUGGCACUCAAGGAACUGAUGAUGAUUUCACUUUCAUCAAGCAUCCUGCAAAAAGAGAGUUUUUUAAAGAAAAUUUUUCUUCGUCCUCACAAUUAUCAUUUUUUUCUCCACCAACUCUACCUUACGUUCCUAAAAAAAUUUCUCCAUCUCUAACAGUAGUAACAGAUGGAACGAAUCUUGAAAAAUGGUGGCAUCAUUCAGGAACUGUCGAUACAAAAAGUUCUCAGUUGUCCGCUGUUAUCCCAAGGCCAUUCAAUCCACGGAAGACUAAAAUCUCGAGCCACAAUGCAGCGUCAUCAACAGCCAGAGACUUGAAGAAAGAAACUGAAGAGUUUUUAGCAUGUACUUCUGAUAAAAAAAUUACUUUAGAAUCAAAUAUUUCAAGAAAAAAGCUCAAUGAUUGCAAUCUGUCGUCAGUUGGUCAACAAACAGAUGACGUUUCAGCAGGAAUGGUUUCCACCUCAACUUUUGAAAGCUGUAAACCCAAACGAUCAUUGACUUCAACUGAAUUGGCUUAUAUCGUGAAUCAGGCCAGUGACAUUGCCAAAAGCAAUGAUACAACUUAUCUCAAACUGCCUACUUAUUCUAGUUCAUAUGUACAAACUGAGACCAGUACCAAAUCUCCGAGUACUGUUGAGUCGUCUCUUUUUCAGGUAAAACCAAAAAUAGUUGAAUUAUCAAAAAUCGACAUUGUUCAUGAAAAACCUGAAACGCUCACUUUCGAUGAUUGGAAAAAUGUAAUUAAAUUCGAAGAAAUUGCAUCAACUGCAAGCUCAAAUACUAAAGAACUGAUGAGUGAAAAAGUAUUAAAUGAUUCUGAACUUUAUUGGACCAAAGUUAGGAAUGAAGAUUUAUAUUUGCGAGUGGUUGAAGAUUUAGAUGUCGUCAACAGGAGAAAGAUGAUUGAUCAUCAGAUGGACUCAUUUCUUCAUGGGCAAAAAGUGAAUUCAUCUAUGAAACCAAUUCAGAAAGAUAAGAUGAUAAUUGAUAAAGACUCAAAUGAAAAAUAUAAAUUAUAUUCUUCUAUGAGUUAUUUUGAAGAUAGAACUCUGACCACAAGCUCCACGCCUCAUGAUGCGUCACUAGCUUUUCAAUCUCCUCAAAAAUUAAAGUCAACAAGUGCGGCCAAUACCACAAAUGCAACUUCUGAACAACUUGAUGACAUUAUCUCCAGUGAAACAUCAUGCGUUGUCGACAAUAGAAAGUGCUUUUCCACAAAUAUUGACGACAUUUCAACUGAUUUUACAAAAUUGUCUCCUGAAGGUAUGUCAAAGUUUAAAUUCAGAAUUGGAGAACCUUGCUCAAGCAACAAUCAGCGUAUUACUAGUGAAAAUACUGAACAACAAUGUGAAAAUAGUGUUAAAGCAUCAACAACUGCUUUAUUGACUUCAGUAAAGAAAGAUAUGGAUAAGAAAAGGAUAUAUGAUGCAUCCAUUAAAGAAUUGCAAAUGAAACUGAACGGCAAACAUUUCAAGGGCUUAUUUGAGGUUGUUGAUAAUUGUGAUAAUGAGAGUGAUAGUGAUGAGAUGAUGAACGAAUGA